AUGGAGGAAGGAGCGAUCACUGACGGGCAGAUUAGUUCUUCGUCACAGCUUGAUGCCAACCAUGAAGCCAGCCAGGGUAGGCUGAACUUGAAAGGAUCGUGGUCAGCUUACGCUAAUGACGCAAAGCAAUGGCUACAGAUUGAUCUAGGUAGCAAUCCUGUCACUGUCACACGGGUGGCAACGCAAGGAAGUAAUUUAAAGAGCCAGUGGGUAAUAAAUUACACGCUAAAAUACAGCGACGACGGUUUGAAUUUCCAGUUGUACAAACAACAAGGGCAAAGUGAACACAAGGUUAGACACCUCUGCAGACAUUUACAUUGUGGGGAGUUUGUUACUUUUUUAAAGAUGUGAUUGUUGCUUGUCAAAAACAGUAGAUACAGCAAAUAGUUGACUAAGGAAGCAGAAUAAAGUUCAGUAAUCUGUUUCACUGCAUGUAACUCUUAAACCCCAAAAAGUUAUUAUCAGAGGCAAUGUAUUCAUGUUGUAAGUUUUGAGAUCUUGUGCAUCCUUUACCCCUUCGUUAGUGAACUGUACUUUUGUUCUUCGUCAUUUCCUUCACCGUGCUUAAUCUCCUCAUUCAACUCCCUCUGAGGAGUCAUUCGGGGUAAUUGAGGCUAAUAAAAGUUUCCAGCACCAAGCAAACACGAAGGGGGUUCAUUUGGGGUCGAGGAUAAUUUGUGGUCCGUUUAAGCCAUCCUUUCCCUUUUGGGGUGUUGUGGUCGGGGCUCAUUUGCGGUACCAUACAGUUCCCCUGAUCCCCAAAAUAAUUUUGAAGUUCACUGUUUUCUAAAAGUAAUUUUAAUUAACAUGUCCCCCAAAAUUCAAUGCUGUCAACUUUCCGAAGUUUCAAACACAUAGAGUUGCAAUGGGGGCAGGCCUAACCUAUUGCAGAACCUGAAAAGGCAUCCGUGUAAAAAACGACUUCAGGCCCCAGUCUACUCGCAACCAAGUCACAACCGACUGCAAUAGACCAGAGAAGCAGCAAAAUUGUCAAACAUUAGAAGUCUGACAGUACAGUGUAAAAGUUUUUUCGAAAAUGAUAUUAUUUUGAGCUAGAAAAUCAAUGUUCCCCUGUUACUGGAAAGACUCAGCCGUUAACCUUUUCCCUGGAGGUCAUUUCAGGAUACCUCUUGUUUCGUCCUAAAAGUAAAUGGACAAGGUCCCUUUUGUUCCCCAAAACCCCUGCUCAAAUUUCAUAUUUAUAGUGUAUGUUUCAAAGUCCAUUUUAAAAAAUUAAGGACGAUAAUCGAGUAAAAAUUACCCUCCAUACUAUUACAACAUCAGUAACAUUCACCAGAAAACACUAGCUUUUCUCCAAAUGAUUCCACUUCUCAACCAAAAACAAUCAUAUUUGCAUGUCUACAUGCUACUAUGAACAGCUUUCAUUCGUAUCAGAGGUUACGUCUAGGUGUGCAGGGACCCGGGGGUGUUCUGAAAUUCAGUGCCUUGUAACACAAAAUGUCAUCCUUCGAUUUUGAAUAGCAGGCAAAUGGCGUCAAAACCGUGACUAAUUGUCCAUCUAAGGGGGCGGUCAUUAACUAUUGGGGGGAGGGCUGGUAAAUUUUGGGGGAGGGAUGCGAAUUUUUGGGCGCUAAUUUGGGGAGGACAAAAAUUUUCUGAGCCCGCAUGAGGGGAGGGUUACAAUUUUCUGGGCGCCUUUGGGCGAUGUGCGCGUACUUAAUGGGUUUUGUGUUACUGAAAUAUUAAGCACUGCUUGAAAUACGAUGGCCGUGCAAGUAAUAUUAACAGAAUUGCAUACUCAAAGAUGAACCGCACCGUUAAAAAGCACUCUGAUUGGCUGGAGAUGAGGAGUGACUUCACGUGAAAUAGCUUGCAAUUCGCUUGACUUUGAAAUGGCUUUGAAAACAGCGCACGGGAAUUAUGAAUAACGAGACUGAGAACUGAACGCUCAACAAAAUAGACGUAUGAAUUAAUUGCGUUCGAUCCAGGGAAUGCAGGAUAUCUCGUUUCCGAGAGUCCAAUUUUCAUUUUUUUUUCCAGGGGAACAUGCCCCCGAACCCCCCUAUAUAAUUCGUACAUUUGGGGCUGACAGUACACUUGUUUCCCCAGUGACACUAGUGCUUAAUGCGGUUCAGUUACAAAAAACUCCAUACCUGGACCAAAUGAAUGAUGAUACCGAGAAACAGUGGUCCAAAAUCUACAUAAUUCUGGAUGAAAACAGAAGUCUGAACACCAAAGAAACUACAAAAAAAAAAACUAAAGCUGCAGUAAAACGGGCAACAAGAAACGUGCAACUUGUUUUGCAACAUUGCUGCAAACCAAGUUGAGUAGCGAUGUUGCGUGUUUUAACACCCAUGUUCGACCCUGUUUUGCAAGAAAUAAGGUUGUAAGGUUUGUUUUCGUAGGUGGUAAAACGAGCAACAUCACUAUUCAACUCAUUUUGCAGCCAUGUGGUAAAACAAAUUGCGCGCUUUUUGUUGCCCGUUUUACCGUUCUUUAGGUAGCCAAUGAGAACAUCGUUAAAUGAAUAGGUGAUCAAAAGUCUUCGUGAAUCAUGAAUCUGGACGAAAAUCAUGAAUCAUUGAGGUAAUAAACGACAGGAAUCAUGAAUAUCAAGAUUCAAAUGAUUCCGCUUCUACCCCCGAAAAUAUUUUAAAUAGUAACACUUUUUUAUUCCAGUGAAAUAAUUUUCUCAAAGUUACGCUGAUAUGGAUUCUCGCGAUGCAACAUUCGAAUACUCAAAAUGUUAUUAGGGGAGGGUUACAAUUUUUUGGGCACACAUUUUUGGAGGGGGCAGGAUUUUUGGGCUGUUAACCUGAAAGGGGCUAAAAGUUUUGGGCCCUCACUUUUGAAAUAAUACCGCCCCGCACCGCCGCCCCCCCCCCCCCAACCAAUAGUUAAUGACCGCUCCCUAACUUCUGUUUUUUAUUUUCUUUUUUUUUUUGGCCUGAUUUAGGUGUUUGUUGGCAACACAGACGAGAAUACUAUCGUUUAUAACGAACUCAAUGGGUCGAUUGUGGCACGCUACACACGUUUUCAACCAACAGCUUGGCAUAGCCACAUAUCAAUGAGGGUGGAACUAUAUGGCUGCAAAGGUAUCUUUUGGGUAACAUCCUUCUUUUGUGGAAUUUGGAAAAAAUACAAACAAAUCCUUGUUUGA